CACUACUAAGCAUAUGUAGUUUCUGAAUCAUUUUUGUCUUGGCUUUGUGUUCUUAAUAAUGCAGAAGGAUGAGCCGUUCAGAGUCGCUGUUGUUGGUGGAGGAAUAGGUGGUGCAAGUUCUGCUUAUUUCUUACGAAAAAUUUUCGGUGAUAAAGUUUCUAUUACACUUUUUGAGAAAUCAGGACAAAUCGGUGGUCGUAUUAAAGCUGUACCGUUUUGUGGUGCAAUACGUGAAUCUGGAGCUAGUACUAUUCAUUCCAGUAAUAUGUACAUGAUUAGAUUUGCUCAAGAAUUCAAAAUACCAAUAAAUCCUAUUGAAACUGCGGAUCAUCGUUUACUUCUAUUUCAAGAAGGUUAUAAACCAGUAUUUUCCGAUGUUACUCAAAAGACAUCAUUUUUAACUCCACUUCGUUUAUUUUGGCGUUACGGCCUCAGCUUGUUGCAUGCUAGGUUUUAUCUUAUGGGUAAAAUUCAAGAAUUCAAACAAAUUUAUACUUUACAAAAUCGUGGUGAAUGUUUCACUACACCUGGUCUACUGUUGAAAGCAUUAUCCAAACAAUUUCCUGAAAUGACAAAGUACACUUUCACUGAAUGGAUGCGUAAAGAAAUGGGUCUAAAUGAAAGAUACAUCAAUGAAUUUGCAUUUGGAAUAUUUUCAAAUAAUUAUUGUCAAAAUUCAAUGGAUGCUCAUGGAUUUGUUGGGUUGAUUUCCUCCGCCUGUAUGAUAUCUCAGGUAUACACUGUCGAAAAUGGAGCUGAACAAAUUCCACAAAAGCUAGUUGAAAGUGCAUUGGCCGGCAAUCCUGCUGGUGUUCCAAAAGAGUUUAUACAUGCUACAGUGAAGAAGAUUAUACGAACCGAUAAUGAUAGAUUACGCUUAUCCUAUGAUUUAGCCGACAGUAAUAAAACUGAAGAAGGAUUAUUUGAUUAUGUCAUCUUGUCAUUACCGUUACAUCAAGAGUCGAAUAUUUCUACUUCCGAUGAUAUUAAACUGCCCAAAUUAAAAUAUCAUGAGAUGUGUCGUACAUUUUUAUCCGGUCAAAUCAAUUAUUCCCUAUUUGAUCUACCAUUAAAUUGUUUACAACCUAAUCAAUUAGCAUCUUUUCUCCCAACCUCAAGUUAUUAUUUACAUGAAAAAUAUCCUGUGCGUUCUAUAUCUCAACUACCAGUUAAAUCUAACAAUUCAGAUGCCAAUAAUGAUAGUGUUUGGACUAUAUUUUCUGAAUCGAAAUACUUGCCAGAUCCAAAGACAUCUUUACCGAAAUUAAUGCAGAAUUACAAUCAAAUCGAUGUUGUACGUUGGCUGGCAUAUCCAACCUAUCAUCCUGUUAGUGAUCCAUACACCGAUUUAGGUCAAUUCAAAUUAGCAUCAAGAGUAUUUUAUCCAAAUGCCAUUGAAUCUGCUGCAUCAUGUAUGGAAAUGGCUAUAAUCGGUGGACGUAAUGUAGCUUUGCUGAUUGCAAAUGAAAUGAAACAAUUAACAGAAGAGAAUAAAGAAACACCACAAUCAACCAGCUUGAUAAAUCAUAUCAAAAAAUAAAAUGAAUUGAUAUUUUUUUAAUAUGGAUUUUUGUUUGAAUUAUCUAAUUUGUUUUUUUUUCUCUCUCUCUCCAUUUGUUGUCCUUUUUUAUUUUGUUUUCUUACAUAACUUAGUU